AUGAUUAAUUUAAACUCCUUUCUUAUACUUACAGUAACACUGUUAUCUCCAGCUUUGGCACUUCCAAAGAAUGUUCUUGAAGAACAACAAGCAAAAGACGACCUUGCUAAAAGAGCAGUGUAUACAAACAUAACAUCAGGAACGCUUGACAUUCCCAUCAGUUUUGACGUCUCUACUAUUGAUGUCCCCAGUAUCAGUAUCCCUUCAUUUUUAACAUCAAGUUUUUUGUUUGAUGAUCCAGCCGUGACUACCUCACAAGAAAGUACUAACGCUAAUGUGGAAACAGUUUCUACAAAUUCUGAUGAUACGACCCAGGUUGCCGAUGCAACAGAUUCACUACUCACUACAGAAGUUGCCGUCACUCUGAGCAGUUCUGAAGAUGAAUCACCUGCAUCGACGCCGACCCAAGUGGCACCAACAGGUGGUAGUGAAACUAGUACAACAACUUCACCGGCACCUGUUUUCACUUUCACCUUUGAGCCUCCCACUUAUACAACUUCGUAUGGAGAUGAAUCGUCUCUCUCAAGCUCGACUCAAACUGAGGAUACUAGCACAACGUCGAGCUCGGUACCUAUAUUUACCUGGCCUUUUGAGCCUCCCUCCAAUUCUGACUCUGAAACUGGCGAUGCGACCAGUAGUUCUACACCUUCACCGGCAGAAUCGUCAGGGGAGUCAACUGGUUUCAUUCGCCCAUCGAUUAUCACGUCCUCUGAUCUAACAUUUCCCGUAUCCCCGUCUGAUCUUCCAACUGGAGGUUCCGUCGUGUCUAGUGACGAAACCAGUUAUUCGACCCCUUCACCAGAUGAAUCGCCAGUAGAGUCAUCAGAUGCUCCAACACUGGUUUUGCCACCUGUCACCUCAUCCUCUGAGCCUCCAGUUAUAACAGUUACUGUCCCUCCAAAUGAAACUUCCGACGUUUCUAGUGACGAAACCAGUUAUUCAACCCCUUCACCAGAUGAACCGCCAGCAGAGUCAACUUUUGUAACACAGAGUUCCCCUCUGGUCGUUACAUCCUCAGAGACUCCAGUCGUAACAAUCUCUGAACCAACAACCAUCACGCCAUCUGAAGUUCCCCCUACCUUGUCCACUGAGUCAUCAGUUGAGACUCCAGGCGUGGUCAGCUCUAUCCCACCAAUUGAGUCGUCAAUACCGCCAGCUGAACCGACAACUGUAACAAGCUCUGAGCCAGCAAUUGUUCCACCGAUCGUCGAAACAACAGUUUCAAGUUCAAUUGAGUCUGUGGAAAGCACUGUUAUUUCAGAAGCUCCAUCUCCUGUGACCACUUCAGCAGAAACACCUUCUGAACUGCCGUCAACUGAAGAUACUUCAGUUGAGGUUCCUCCAACAUCCGUGGUUUCCUCACCUAGAGAAACCUUCACAUCGUCAGACACAGCUACUCCAACUAUUAGUCCGCUGCCAUAUUUGACACCUUCAGUAUCUUCACAAGAAACAAGCGAAACGAUUGAAACUUCAACUACCCUCGAAGUGCCGUCACCAGCAACUCCCACUCAACAAGCGUCUUCUUCUACCGUCACCACUCCAAUUGUGGGCACUGAUUCAGUUGUGGGAACUGCACCUAGUCAAGUUCCUUAUCCAGCCGUGGGAUCCACUUCAACCACUCGCACACAGACUUGGAUUCCAACAAGCUUGAUAAUUGCCACAAGUACUCAGCCCUCAGGCACUGCUCGUUCAACUCAGACUGCUAGCGGUUCUAGAGAUGAACCAACGUCGACCUUGCCCAAAGCGAUCUCCCUGAACCCAACAGGCGAGCCAGAAGAGGGAUAUGAGCUGAUUACUGUUGGCUUCAAAGAACCUUUGAAUUAUGCAUUUGUUGUUGGUAACUCCAUGUCUCCAGUACAAAUAUUCGAAUAUCUACCAGGUGUUCUAUGCUAUCCUUAUGAAAGUGAACUGGAUGCCAGCAAGAUUACAGUUUUACAACUGGUCCCUUAUACCAGUCCUGAUGUCUCGUAUAUCAUCACUGUGGCAGAAGUGUACUUCAAGUCAUCUCUCAUUGGGGAUCUGCAAUCAGAAAUCCAUGAUACGUCUAGUUCCCUUUACAGCAACCCCGAUCCGUCGGAGAGAGCACUGGCAAACCUUAUAGAUCCCAGAGUUCCAAUCACGGGGCUCAACCUCGGCUCCACCUCUUCGCAGACUUCAGGAAAUGGUUCUGGUAACUCUGACAAUUCUUCCAAUUCCGAUGGUGAUGGGCUGGACUCCACGGAAUCUCAGGGGUCAUCAAACACAGGUAAGGUAGCCGGAAUUGCAGUGGGGUCCGUAAUGGGGUUCACCCUUUACUUGGGUUCCAUCGCUCUCUUCUACAGGUACAGAAAAAACAAAUCCAAGCUAGCUAGUGAUGAAGCAGCUGUCGGUUCAUCCGAGUCGCCAGAGACAACUCAAAUCUCCAAUGUAUCUUACUCUUCUCCCGGUGCAAUAGUUGUUGGCAGCACGAAUAGCCAUAUUGGCAGCAAUUCUAGCCCUGAAGUGACCAGCUCUACUAUUAGAGGGGAUAGCACUCAUAGCAACCUUCCCAAGAUCAGUGGACCAGUGAGUACUUACAACUCUUUGGGCUGGUAA